AUGUCGGACGCAGAACGUGUGCAGGGAACCUGCAAGUGGUUCAACGAGGAGAAGGGAUACGGCUUUAUCACCCCUGUCGGUGGUGGCCAAGACUAUUUUGUGCACUUCCGGGCUAUUCAAGUGCGUGGUUUCAAGGUUCUGAAGGAGGGUCAGGCGGUCACCUUUGUCCCAACCCAGGGUCAAAAGGGAAUGGAGGCGUCUGAGGUCAUCCCCGAGCCCGAGUCCCAGUGA